AUGCGUGCUACAUGGGAGGAUGAUGAUUCAAAUGGAUCCGGAAGUGAUGAUGAACUUUAUGAAUUGGUCAAUCUUUGUCUCAUGGCCGAUGAAGAUAAGGGCCUUGGAGACACAAUUAAAGAAAAGAAUGAUGCAUCAUUGCAAGAUAAAGCAAAGGCCAUGAUUUUUCUCCGGCGCCAUAUUAGUGAGGAACUGAAAAAUGAAUACCUCACUGAAAGAGAUCCACUUUGUUUGUGGAACAAUUUGAAAGACAGUUAUGAUCAUCAAAAAACAGUUAUCCUCCCAAAGGCCAGGGCUGAUUGGCUGCAACUGAGGUUGCAAGAUUUCAAAACUGUGGCUGAAUAUAACUCUGCCUUUUUCAAAAUCUGCUCUACAUUGAAAUUAUGUGGUGAUACUGUUACUGAUGAACUUCUGCUAGAAAAAACAUUCACCACAUUUCAUGCCUCGAAUUCCCGUCCAACUGGAUCGACACCGAUCCCAGAAACAUAUGUUGCCUCAUCCCGUGGUUGUGGACGCGGACGUGGACGUGGUCGUGGUGGUAGAAAUGAAUAUGGUCGUGGCAAAAAUAACUACCACAAUAAUGAAUAUGGUCGUGGUAGAAAUCAUUCUUAUUAUCGUGAAGGAUAUCAAUCCUCACAUUUUCGCAAUCAGCGAUCCACACCAUAUCCUCAAAGGAAAGAUCAUAAUGAAAUGAGACAAGUAAAAGGGAAGGAUGUGGCUCAACCUUCUAAGGCUCAUGAUAAUACUUGCUAUCGGUGUGGCAUGACAGGGCAUUGA